UACACAGGGAUUCGGGCAACUCAGGGUAAAUUCAGGAACCCCCCACGUGAACGUAAAAGAUGGCUCGACUGUCGGCUUUGGGUGUGGCGGUGCUGCUGCAUUCGGUGAUUGGCAUCUCCUACUACUACUUCUUCAAGAUGGGACGCUGCUCGACGGAGCCGUCGCCCCUGCUGGGCAGCUGGCUGUUCACGGGCUGUGUGGUGGCCGUGCUGCAGGCGGUGCGCCUCAUACCCAGGGGAGUGCCCAACUUCACGGCCCUGCUGCUGGAGACGAGCAUGUGCUGCUUCGUGCUCGACCUGAUGCUGACGAAGCUGUGGUGCCGCAUCGAGGGACUGGUGCACUGUGCCAUCGUUGGGGUGCUGCAGAUAUGCCCCGUCGAUGAUGACUCCUUCCUGGCGUACGAGUACUGGACGCAGGCCACACUCACCACCGUCAUCGGCGUCUGUCUGCUGUGGGUGACGCUCUGGGCCCUGGCCCUGCCCCAGCGGCUGCGGGAUGAGCUGCAGAGCUGGCGCCGCGCCUGCCAUCGACAGCUCUCCCGCAUACUCUUCAACGGCAUGGAGGCACGGCCAGCGCCAGCACGCCAGGAGAGCGCCUUGAACUUUGCUGCCUGACACACACACUCAAAAUUAUCAGUUCAAAUGAAGAAAAAUUGCUCAAAUUUAUGGGUUAAGUAAUGCCAAGACACGGGGCGCGGGCACUCAAAGCCAAAGCAAUAAAUAAAACGAUUUUCCAGCC